GUGGCUGCUCAUUGGGCGGGUUUACGUGACGUCACCACCACGUGCGGUGGUGGGCGGGCUUACGGUAUUGCGACUGACGGUCAAAUUAAGCCUGAUGGUUUUCCAUACGCCUGCUUGCUCCAGCCGACUGUUCCAGAAACCAACUCUGGCUGUGCGGACAUUGUGGAAAUUAUGGAAUUCAUAUUUUCACUCUCAGACAUUAAUAUGUGCCUUUUCUGGUCCUCGUGGUGGUUUGUACAAAUCAGAUGAAGUGUUUUCUGCUUCCACCGACAAACCUCCUCACGUGCCUGUCAUGCUGAAAGAGGUGCUUCAUUACUUGGACAUCAAACCAGGCCAGGUGGUCCUCGACAUGACAUUUGGCGGUGGUGGUCAUACCAAAGCAAUGCUCAAUGCCGUUCCUGACGUUACCAUCCUGGCCUUAGACCGAGAUCCCACGGCUAUUUCCCUGGCCCAGCAGUUAGCUAAGGAACACCCAGGCCAUGUGAAACCAUUACUUGGACGAUUCAGUGAGCUUGAAGAACUGCUCUCAAGCAUUGAUGUGAAAGGGGGCAGUAUUGAUGCUGUCCUGUUGGAUGCCGGCUGUUCUUCCAUGCAAAUGGAUCAGGCCGAGAGAGGGUUCUCACUCAGCAAGGAUGGGCCUUUAGACAUGAGGAUGGAUGGAGCAAGGUUCUCCGAUAUGCCCUGUGCUGCUGACGUGGUGAAUACCUUAGAUCAACAUGCUCUCGCUUCCAUCUUCACUGCAUAUGGGGAGGAGAGACAUGCCAGGAAAAUAGCUUCAGCCAUUGUGGAGGCACGCCGUGUCAACCCCAUCACCCGGACGCAGCAGCUGGCCAGUGUGGUCGCAGGAGCAUUUCCUGCUGCUGCCCUCUAUGCAAGAAAGGACCGACUCCACCGACCUUCACAUGUGGCAACAAAGACCUUUCAGGCUCUGCGCAUCUUUGUGAACGACGAGCUGAACCAACUGCACGCUGGUCUGCACGCUGCCCAGACGGCACUGAAGUCUGGAGGACGCCUCUGCGUUAUCACAUUUCACUCAUUAGAAGACCGACUGGUGAAGCGCUUCCUUCAGGGUGACGACUUGUCGAAUCUAGAACAGCAUCACUUUGACCCGGGGAAACAAGGUAAAGGGAGAAACAAGUCAGUGGAGAGAAAACGCGGUAGAGCUAGUGCUUAUUGGCAUCGUUUCCAAAAAAAGGUGAUCACCCCAGAAAAAGACGACAUGAAAGACAACCCUCGAGGACGCUCAGCAAAGCUCCGGGUUGCAAUCAGAUGUUAAUUAUUUUCUGCUCUUCUUACAGUAAAUAAAUGUCAUUCUCUUUUUUGUAUCAUGGUAACUGCUUACAUUUUACUACAGGUAUAUGUAAUAUUGUAAGGCUAUUUUAACUCUUUUUAGUUUAAUACGUAUGAACUCUUUAUAAAUCCUUAAUAAAUUCUUAUAAAUUACUUAUUUAGUGCUGGGUCACUAUUUGAUGUAUUUUUCCAUACAUCUACACACUUUCUUGAUUUAGCAGUGAAGCAGUACAGUAGAUCACCACUUUUUGCGAUUGUUACAUUCCGGGACCUCCAGCGAAUGGUGAAAAUCCGCAAGUAGUUGAGCUGCUCAGAAAAAUGUCUAUUUAUGACACACAGCUGCGACUAAAUUAGAUGUGUUUUCUUUGGGGGAAAAAAGCCUAUUUUCAGAGAAAAAUAAAAAAAAAAUGUAAAAAAAUAUUUGUUAUGCCCAAACAUCAGUGAAUUUGUGUGCUGUAAUUCUUGAUCCUUGGGGUUUUGUGAUGAAGUAAUGUCAUAACAGUUAUUCCCGAAAGAACCUCAAGACUAUCAAUAGUCCCAAGUCCAUGAGUUGGAGCCUAUCCAACCUGAUUUCAGACCAAAGCAGUUGAUCCAUAUUUUUCUGAAGCGGAAUGUUUGAUUCUGGGUAGUUGACAGUUCUAUUGAUGGUAUAGUGACAAAACAAAUUCCUGUAUGCGCACCUUCAUUCCAAAGGUUCGGUUCAUGUCUGUCAUCUUCUCAGUCAUGCGGGUCAUGGGUAAUCCGCAAAGGUUGCAUCGAGGGACUGGACUCUUCUUGUUAAUUGAGGACCUUUCACCUUUUAUCCAGAAGGAUUCUUCAGUUCAACAUCUUCAGUCUGAAGUCUCUCUGUUUAUGUCUCUGGUGGGUGUGUCCCCCGGUCGUGGCUGGUGAACAGCCGUUGGCAAAAAUAGGCUGUGACAAAACACCUUGUUAGUGGCCACACUUCCUGUGGAAGGAGACAAUCUUUGGGGGAGAUAUGCUAGGACUUGUUUUAAGCAGACAAUAGAGGAUAGCGCAAACCUCCUCUGUUUUUUAAACCAUUGGUCCUCCCUAUCCAGAAUUUGGACAUGGUUGUCCUCAGAUGAAUUACUGACUCUGGCCCCGAAGAAACUGUCCUCAGAUGUUGUGGCGUGCGUUUGUAUAAGGAUCGCUUGGUCUCUCCAAGGUAGAGAUCGUUGUACUCCUCACUCAGAAAGCCUUUUGGAUUAAAGGUGAAACGUCUUCAGCAGACAAGAAGAGUCCAGUUGCCUCGAUUCAACCUUUGUGAAGGUUCUGUUGGUGUUUCCUUUCUCUCCCCUUGUCCCUCCCCAGGUUCUCCAACCACAUCCCAGGAGGUGGGAUUGUAAACCCUGUUGUCCUACAUCACUGUGUUCCCUAUUCUGUAAAGGUCUGUGCUGUCCGAUGGUAUCAGAAAUAAAGUUUAUAGGGUCCCUGACAUGAUUGAUCAACUUUGCUUAAAUACUGUGGCUAGUGUAUGCAGGUAGUUCCUGGAGGAUGAAGGAAUUGAUACAUUGACUGGCCCCCAUGUUCACCUGACCUAAACCCAAUAGAACACCUCUGGGACAUUAUGUUUAGGUCCAUCCGGCUCCGCCAGGUUGCUCCUCAGACUGUCCAGGAGCUCAUUGAUGCCCUGGUCCAGAUCUGGGAGGAGAUCCCCCAGGACACCAUCCGUAGUAUCAUUAGGAGCAUGCCCCGACGUUGUCAGGCAUGCGUACAAGCACGUGGGGGCCACACAAACUACUGAGAAUCAUUUUGAGUUGCUACAAUGACAUUUUAGCAAAAUGAACCAGUCUGCUGCAUCAUUUUUUCACUUUCAUUUUUGGGGUGUCUUUGAUUUCCCCCCUCUAUAGGGUGAUCAUUUUCAUUUCUAUCAAAUUAUGUGGCAUCAUUUUGUUACUAAUACAUCACCCACUUAUUAUCAGGAAUGAUAUUCAAGAAUAUUUUCCCCCCAGGUUAGAUCUGAUGUGUUUUCGAAGACGCACGUCACCCCGAUGACGUCACGUCCGGAAAUGAGACUGAACAGCUAGAGCUAGCUCGUCAUGGGUGCCACCAUGAAUGCUUUCAAAAAUCAAACAAUGUAGAGCAUAAUUACAAACAAUAUAUAACAUAUUUAAGCAAAGUUGAUGAAUCACGUCAGGGACUCUUUAACACGACUGCAACAAGUGCAGCAUUCCAGAUCGUCAUUGUGUAGGAAAUCUGUUCUGGCACAAUAAAGCAUACAGGCCAAAGAUGCAGAACAAUACACGUUAAAAAGAAAGAACACCUCAACAACUGCAAAACCGAUGUUUUUCGCCUCUAGCUUUCAUGCUUGACAGAGGUAAAAAUAAGGCUGCAGUAGAUUAGCCUCUUAGGACUUUGGGGGUUGAAGGUUUAUGUUGAAAGUCUGUAAAUCAGGGCUAGUUGUUGAAACACUGCUGCCCAAAGCACCAAGUGCCCAACUUCUGAGUCAUUCUUGUUUGUCUGUUUCUAUAUGCAACCUCACUCAUGUGUACAGCACAACCAUUUUCCAGGGAGACUGCUGAAAACUAUGAGAGACAACACUCUGGGACACACGGGGCCUAUCACUGUGGAAUCCUACAGGUGACAAGCCCAUCCAUCCCGGACUGGUGGACUAGCGGUCUACAGUGUUGUUGUUACCUUGUGUCUCAUCUGAAGUGGCUGCCUUCUAGACUUUCACUGAGACGCAGCACGUGUAAUGCCAUUAAAGGACAGAGAGCACAUCACACAAGUUCUUUUGAGAAGUAAGCAGAUUCCAGAAGCACAGCAAAGUGCUUGGCUUCCAUGUAGUAAUGUCGACAGAGAGAGAAGUUAUUCACUUGUAGAUGAGCAGUGCCGUAAUUCUCUCUUGUGGAGGAGAGCUGAGAAAAGUCCCUUGAACUGUGUAUUUUCUCAUAAUUGAGGUCUGCGGAUAAGAGUUUGGUGGUCGUGCCGUUUUUUGUAAACUCUCAACCGUCCCGCUUUCCUCCAAGAGCCUUGUUGGUGUUAAGUCCACCUGCUUGCUUUCUGGUGCUUUCAGUUUUCUGACAGUGUCCAUGAUGUUUUUUCUCUUCCCACUUGGAACUCCAUGGGCUGGAAGGCAUUUACUUCAUGAAGUGUUGUAGAAACCUCUGCUCCCUACUCCGUACUCAGUAGUCAGUACACCAGUCUGUGUUUUCACCCACUUUUUUCUGGUCUGUACAUCAGAUAAGUUCUCUUUCAUUGGGACGGUAUGUUCGGUGAUUGCCGCUCUUGCCCUUUCUGAAUAGAUGAGGACGUUAAGCAGUCUCUGCUAUCUGAGGAGGGAACACCAUUAGUCUCCGUUCUUCAUCCAUUCGGAUUGUAUGGUUUAAGAGUGAACUUCAAGUACCUGAACACGUUAAACACUUCACCACAGGUCAAUGCAAAGCGACUCAUGAAUGCGGCGUCCAUAUUUAAAGAGCCUUGAUUGCUUUGUUGGGGUGGCCUCUGUCUUUCUGAAUCACGGCUGGUGAGGAGAAGACGACGAGGACAAAGAAGCGAAAUUUCACAGAAACGGAGGUGGAGGUACCGGGAAAAAGUAUACUAUUUGGAGGACACGGCGGUGGCAUAACAAAUAAAACAAAGAACGAGUGACACUUGCCACACAAAUAAAGGCCGCGUAACACAGAUAAAUGUUGCUAUGGUGACGUGCUUGACGUAUGCAGCCAAGAACUGUCUCAUUUUUUGACGAAUUGUCCAAAGAAAAGCAACUGGCGACAUAUUAGCUCUGUAUUUUGUAAACUUAAAUCCUCUAGAAUUAUUUCAUUGACAACUUUUUCAAUUUUUUUAAAAUUACUUUGCAAACACUGAGCGUGUAUUUACAACAGUGAUAGACAUGUAGAGUGCAUGCGGGGGUUAUGAAACACAUUACACAAGACAUAGGACAGGUAAGAAAUGGAAGGGGGGGUUUGUGCGAUGUCAAGCGAUUUGACAGAAUGCGAAGUGGGCUGUGUACUACCAAAAGCCUAAAUAUAAGGGGGCGGGGGGAAAUAAGAUAAUGAUACAUAGUAGUCAGGUGGGUGUGCUGCAUUGGACAAAGAAAGAGAGAAAAUAUGUGUAUUAUAAUAAUAAUAAUAAUAAUUUAAAAAAGGGUAAAUUUGAAUAAAAUAGGAUGAAUUAUGAAUAUGAUUAAAUUAAACAAAAUUCAACUAAAAUACUAAUUGAAAUAAUAAUAAGUAAUAACAAACACAAUUCAUAUUACGUAUGUUUGCUGAGAUAUUGUUUCCUCUUCAACCCCUGGUGAGUGAGCCCAGCCCACCGAAAGACGGCAGAGCCCAAGUACCCCCAGCACCCCCCCCCCCUAACCAAGAUCAGACAAAUUCUUGUUUCGUCCCCUUACCCAUGUUUCUCCCUGCAUUUGUGCGUUGAAAUAAACACUUACCUUAUCCUUUCUUUCGUCGCCCCUCUAUAAGCCUGUGCAUAUGUCGUGCAUUAAAAAGAUUGGUCGGGCACGUGAGGCGUUAUUGCUUUCACUAGCGGCUAGCUAGCUAGCCCAGUGCUGAGGAGGAAUGCUGGGAGGCGUCCCGACCCCACAGCCGAGGCGGGCCGGGCACACCAUAGGGAAACAAAACGGCCAUGUAGAUACGACAUUAGGAAUAAGAUGAAAGAAACGAUACUUUGUAUACUAAAAGACGAGAGAAAUAAUAAGCUUGCAAAAAGAAAAAAGGCAUAAUAAUUGGAACAAACCAACAUGAAACAAAAAAUAAUUAUUUCUCCCGUUAUAGUGAAUUAUUGGCAAGUGUAAAUAUUUAUAUACAGUAUAUAUGAUAUUACAAUUAAGAAAUUAGAUUAAAAAACAAUAACUUGGGGUGAAAGCAAAUGAAGAGAGAAGUAAUAAACUUGCAAAAAAACAGCAAAUAAUUCUUUCUCCCAUGUUAUGAGGAUAGGUUAGUGAAGUAUUGAUAAGUGUAAAUGAUCUAUAAAGCUUAUGAGUUGUUUUUUUCUAUUAAUAUCUGAUUUCUUAUUAAAUUGAUUCAGUGAGUGAUGCUGCAUGCUUUUUACUUUUUCCAGUUUUGAAAAAUUACUUUCUCAACGAUAGCUAGAGAGACGCGGAGGGGGUUAUGAUAUUUAUCAGGAAGGUGUAUUUGUGUGGCGUCUCCUAGAAGACACAGCGAUGGACUUAAUGGGGUCCCACAUCCCAAGAUGGUUGAUGUGUUGUUAGUUGCUGAUGACCAGAAGGAGUAGUUCAUUGACAACUUGAUUAUAAUUAAUAAUAAUCGCAGAGAGUGGAACCGUGAUAAGUGAAUUUCAACAAAACAGGAAUCAAUAUUAAUAAAUGGAGCGGUUUCAUCCUGUAGAAAACCUGUUUAUGACUUUCUAAAUAUGAGUUUUAACAUUAUUGGAGCCCCAUAUGAAAUAACAACUCACAGUCACCUUUAUGUAAACAGUCUUUGUUUACAUCUCAUUGCACAGGCUUCGGGAUCACUGCAGGGACAAAAGACGGUUCCUGCUAGCAUAGCAAGCCAGCAAGCUAACUAGUUCGCCUUUCCAAUGUACUUAUUGUAAACUUAAGAAAAAGGUUUCAAACGGAGUGAUGAAGAAGGACAAAGAAGCCUAAAGCUUACCACUUCCACACAGAAUGAGAGGAGAACCUCUUUUCCCACUCAGUCUCCGCCAUGGCAUGUUGACUCGGCUCUGCUGGAUCAGUAGCCAGUCUCCAUGCAGUGUGAAAGGUAGUGUAAUCUAACGUCUUGUCUCAUGACAUUACUGAUGCCUACUGACCAGAACACUACACAUAACUUGUCUUUCAAUAUUUUUGGACUAAUAAUGAGCCAUAGUCAGCCAGCGAAAAAAACCCGAUAUAAUGAGGGAGCGGCAUUCGAACAGAAAACAAAAUGACGGAUGAAAGGGAUAAAUUAACACUGAAGUUCACUUUUACCUUCAUGAAGACGUUAUUUUCGACGUGACUCAAAACAGGACGGUGGUGGUGGUGGUGGUUGAUCUCGCUGCCAUACUGUGUCUUUGGGAACAGUCACAUCUUCAUGAAGGUAAAAGUAGCCUUAAUCAUUCAUCAUUUGUAAGCAUUUCCACUUGUUUUCUGCAUGUGCAACUACAAUUGUAAAUGAAUGACGCUAACCAAGGUUCCACUCUAUUCUGUAUUUCUAGCCAUCUGCUAUACCUGGCUCUGCAUGAGCUGCCCCAAAGUAAGUUGUCAGAUAAAUUGUAUGAGCAGCACAGGUGAACAAAUGCUUCAACAAAUCCUAUAUAUAUAUAUAAAAUACGAAAGGAGACGAAUAUGCUGUAAGCUAAAGCACAAAACAAUAAAUCUUUUGCCACAGGAAACGAAUAUUCAUCUACACCUGACUGCAGAUUUUUGUUAGCGUGCCAUUUUUUUACAGAGAGAAGGCAGGCACUGUGACCAUUAAAGUGUGCGAGGAGAAGACACUGUGGCUCCUUCUUGACAGCCUGAAGAAUGUAUGAAUUUCUCAGUGUUGGAGAACAGACUGACACAGUGGCAGAAAGGCUCCUGUUAUCAACAUCUUCACUCUCUCCUUCUGGCUGUCUCUGUUCUGCUUUUCUGUCUUCUCAGGGACAAAUCACUGAAGUUGUCUCUGUGCGAAUCUUUUUAUUUUUUUUAGUAAAUGAUUUGUCUCGCAUUAUCUAAAGGUCCUUUAGUUGUUUUGUGUAUACUGGAAAUAAAGCGGACACAGUGGAACCUGUUUAUGUUGACAACCCGUCUAUGUGGACCAAGUCAUCAAGUCCCGGUCACCCAAAAGUGCUCGCUUAAGUCAACGGCUUCUGUUGACACAAAACUUCAAACCUAAAGGGGUCAUUUCUAUGAAAAAAGUCAGAUUUUCCAGACUAAAAGUCACACUUUUUCUUCAUAGUUUGGCUGGUCUUGCGACUUAUAGUCAGGUGUGACUUAUUUUAUGAAACUAUAGAAAUGGAAUUUAACAAGAUUUAAAUGUUAUUUCAUACUAAUUGAACCAAGGAGUGAAUAUUACCAUCGACGUCCGCAAGAGGGCGCUCUGUGUUGGUGACAACUACAAGUAUAUGCUCUUUCUGCCAUUCAGUGAUGAUGCAAGAGAUCGGGAGCUUGGUGAACUUGCUUAUUGGCUUGUUACAUUCAUUUAGCCCAAUGGUGUGCAAAGUGCAGACUGGGGGCCAUUUGCGGCCUGCGGCACGUUCUAAAAAUCUUUAUCAUGAAAUCUAAAAAAAACCCAGCAUUUUUAAAAGGCAUAAUAUUAUGAAAAAUGAACAAAAAUAAAGCUGUAAUAAUAAUGAGAAUAAAGUCAAAGUCAAAAUAUUAUGGGAAUACAGUCAUAAUUCCGAGAACAAAAUGUUAAAAGGUGAAAUAAUAAAAUGAACAGCACAAAUGGGGAAAAAAACAACUCUAAUUUUAUGAGAAUAAUGUCAAAAUACAAAGAGAAAAAAAGUUUGUUUUCCAAGAAUAAAUGUGCAAUGUUGUGAGGAAAAAUAAAGACAUUAUUUUAAUGACAAUAUUUGAAAAGUCAUAAUAUUAUGAAAUACAAGCAACACAAAAUAAAGUUGUCAUUUUUGGAAAAUUAGGUCGUAAUUUUUACGGCAAGAAAAUUUGCAAAGAUUAUUCAAGAAGAAAUUUGAAAUAUUUGGGAAAAUUUAAAAGAAACGACAGCAAACAUGGGAAAAAGAGAGCCAAGACCAAAGUUGAUACUAAUAAAAGGCCUUUUCGCCAAUAUUACAAAGCUGACAUGCAUUAUUUUUUGAGCUAUAAAUAACUUCUUAGCAUAUCUACAUGUGUUGCUUUACGAAAUAUCAAAGUGGCCAAGUUGCAUCUUUUUUAUUUUUCAAUCUGUGACCCUUGCUGGAAAAAGUUUGGACAUCCCUGACGUAGCCUAUUCCUACUCCAGAUAAAUGUCACUUCCUGUCCGCAGGUCUGGAAAACAUUUAUUGAAACACACACGAGCAUGAGUCUUAUUUAUGUCUUAAAUGGCUUAUUGUCUCUUAUUAUAUCUACUGUAUUGCGUAAUAGGAGAGUAAAGAUGACUAUAGGGGUGUUAGUUCAUGUCUAGAGGGCUCUAAUAAUGGUAAGAAUCAUAUUUAGAAAGUCCUAAACAGGUUUUAUAUGCUGUUAACUUAAAAAAAAUAUAUCAGUUUAUUAAUAUUGAAUCCUAUUUCCCGGAAAUUCACUUGUUACCGUCAGGUCUGGAGCCAAAUGACUGCGAUACGGUAAUCCCUCGCCACUUCCCGCUUCAAAUUCCACGGCUUCAUUUUAUCACGGUUUUUCAAAAAUAUAUUCAUUAAUAAAUCAAAUUUGUGGUUGAAUACGGUGUAUUAUUAGUCAAAAAAUAUGCAUGUUUAAGCUAAUUUUGUGUAUUUUUGCCAAAAUUUGGCAUUUUUAAGCAUAAAAAUGGCUAAACAAACUAAAAUACAAAUGUAAGGAAGAUGCUGUGAUGACAUGUACGGUAAUAUUCUACACUGGUCACUAGGUGUCAUACUACACAGCAGACUUGAUUUGAAUGAUCUCACAACAGGAACAAUACUCCCUAAAACGGGCUACUAUUGCGGCCGUAACCCACACCUUGCACUUCCUGUCCGCCCCCCACUCAGCUCCCCAACCACCGGAACACAUUAACAGCAAUACGCACAAGCACAAGUUCUAUUUAUGUCUUAAAAGGCUUAUUUUCUCUUAUUCUGUCUACUACAUUGGGUAAUAUGAGUGUAAAGGUGACUAUAGGGGUGUUAUUUCAUGUCUAGAGGGCUCUAAUCAUGUUAAAAAAUAGGUUUUCUAUGGUCUAUGUAGAAAAAUAUUCAGUUUAUAAAUAACAAAUCAUAGUUCAUGGAAGUUCACGGCCGGGUCUGGAGCCAAUUAACCACAACAAGCGAGCGAUUACCGUCCACGAUAACCAGAACAGCUCUCUUCCAGUCUUGAGGUGGACACAAAUAUUCAAGGGCAUGUUUUGAAACUGAGCCAGCUGCAUUGGAACACCUGCUUCUUUCUUUCAGGUUACAUAACAAAUCCAUGCAAAGCCAAGUUUCACACCAAAAAGGGAUUCCCACAAUCUUCCGCAAGUUAUCGGUUGCUACAUGUAACAGAACAAACUGAAAUAUGCUUUCUCUCUGAGGGUAAACAAUGCCUUUUUAGAAAUAAUUUGGAAAAAAAAAGAUUUCAGACGAGAUUUCUUAAUAAGGAACGCACUGAGCGGUUGCAUGAAAUGGUCUGGGUGUAUUCCAUGACUCCAUCGUGCACGUUAGUGAGGGUGGAGUCUCUGGAGAUCGGCAUGAAUGUGGAUCCGCACCAGCCUGUUGGCCUCCACCCACACCUUCCUCAAAAGCACAUUAGCUCACCAGGAGGUAAAGAUGACAGAGAUAUUAUGAGUUAGCCUGCAAACAUUUUGAAACACUCCCCUUUAGAUUGCAUUUGCCAUGACAAGACAAGGGUGCAUGAUGCGUAAAAGGUAUAUCGUGUACAGUAACCCCUCAUUUAUCACAGUUAAUUGGUUCCAGACCCGACCGUGACAAGUGACUUUCCACAAAGCAGGAUUCCUUAUUUAUGAAUGGAAUAUUUUUAUAGUUACAGCGUAGAAAACCAGUGUACGACGGGUUUUACCAUUAUUAAAGCCUUCUAGGCAUGAAAUAACACCCCUAUAGUGACUAUUACACUCCUACUACCCAAUAUAGUAGACAUACGUUUGUUUGUGUACCUUCAAAUCAGGUUGUAGCUGGUGAAAUGGCAAACCCCCUGAAACCAGGCACCGCUCGCAAUCAACGCCAAUGAGGCGAUAUAUUGGAUGGCGGCAGCACAAUAAUAUCACCACGCUCCGCGUACACGCACCGUAUCGAACAAAACCCUUCUAUCCGAGCCCCCGUGCCCCCACUCACAACCAUUAGUGUCCAGCGGCGGGGUUUGUUUGAGUACAAACCUGCAAUGUUCACAGCAGUGGUCCAUUUAGCUCCCGCACGAGCAUCGUUCAGGAGAGUGACAUGAAACCGAGGUUAUACGCUGCAGUCCCCCUGCAGUUCAAAUAAUAGAGUGAAGAGCCGUGAAAAUGACACUAUAACGCGCCACACUGAGGCCCGUUGCCUUGUGGAAAUGGCAGCGACGGCAUAAACACAGUAACUUGUUCACAACACGCUGCGGAUGACAGAUCCAUUCAGAUGAUUUGAUUGCAUUCAUGUGCUGAGUGGACGCCACACUUGUCAAGCAUUCUGUUUGUUCAGGUUGUCAACGCACACAACGCUAACUAACCUUUAUGUUCUUAAUCCACUAAGCUACGCAAAGUGCGGCCUGUGGAACAUCCUAAAAAUAGCAUUUAACAAGAAAACCUAAAAAAAAAACAAAAAAAAACAACAGCCUAAAAUUUGAAAAAAUCCGCAAUUUUACCAAAAUAAAGUCAAAAUAUUAAGAAAAAAUAAGUUGUAAUCCAGCAAAAAAAAAAAAGUCAUAAUUUUACGAGAAUAACAUCGUCAUACCGUUAAGAAAAAUAUCAUUUUAGUAGCAUAAUGUUGAAAUAUUUAAUAUAUUUGGUUUUUUUUUACAAUUUGUAAUUUUGGAAAAAUUAGGUUGCAGAAAAAGUUCUAAUAAUUUUAAUAUAAUUUUGACUGGGAAGAAUUACGAAAAUAAAGUAAAAAUAUUUUGAGUAAAAAUAAAGUAAUUUUACUUUCACGGAGUUUAGGGAAAAAAUUAUAAAAUUACAGGAAUAAAGUCAAAAUAUUAUGGGAUUAAAGUCAAGAUGACGGGAAGAAAGUUGAAAUAGUUGGAAAUUAAAAAAAAAAAAAUAGAAUAGCUGGAAUUUUAUGAGAAUAAAGUCCAAAUAUUAAGAAAAAAAAGUCGUACUCGAAUGAGGAAAAAAAGUCGCAAUUUUAAGAGAAUAAAUUUGUAAUAUUGUGAGGAAAAAUAACAUCAUUUUAUUCAUGAAGAGUUGAAAUAUUGAAGAAAAAUAUAUAUUUUUUAAAAGUAAUGUGUUUGCCCAUUCCUGAUUUCUUAUUUUUUGCAUGUUUGUCACACUUAAAUGUUUCAGAUCAUCAAACAAAUGUAAAUGUUAGCUAAUGACAACACAAUUAAACACAAAAUGCAGUUUUUAAAUGAAACUUUUUGUUAUUAAGGGAGAAAAAAAUCCAAACCUACAUGGUCCUGUGUGAAAAAGUGAUUCCCCCCUAAACCUAAUAAGUGGUUGUGCCACCCUUAGCAGCAACAGCUGCAAUCAAGCAUUUGCGAUAACUUGCAAUGAGUCUCUUACAGCACUGUGGAGGAAUUCUGGCCCACUCAUCUUUGCAGAAUUGUUGUCAUUCAGCCGCAUUGGAGGGUUUUCCAGCAUGAAGCGCCUUUUUAAGGUCAUGACACAGCAUGUCAAUAGGAUUCAGGUCAGGACUUUGACUAGGCCACUCCAAAGUCUUCAUUUUGUUUUUCUUCAGCCAUUCAGAGGUGGACUUGCUGGUGUGUUUUGGAUCAUUGUCCUGCUGCAGAACCUAAGUUGGUUUCAGUUUGACGUCACCAACAGAUGGCCGGACAUUCUCCUUCAGGAUUUUUUGGUAGACAGCAGAAUUCAUGGUUCCAUUUAUCACAGCAAGUCUUCCAGGUUCCAGCAAAAACAGCCAGCCUCAGACCAUCACACUACCACCACCAUAUUUUACUGUUUUCUGAAAUGCGGUGUUACUUUUACACCAGAUGUAAUGGGACACACACCUUCCAAAAAGUUCAACUUUUGUCUCGUCAGACCGCAGAGUAUUUUCCCAAAGGUCUUCGUGAUCAUCAAGAUGUUUUCUUGCAAAAUUGAGACAAGCCUUAAUGUUCUUUUUGUUCAGCAGUGGUUUUUGCAUUGGAACGCCGUUUUUGCCCAGUGUCUUUCUUAUGGUGGACUCAUGAACCUUAACUGAGGCAAGUCAGGCCUGUAGUUCUUUGGAUGUUGUUGUGGGGUCUUUUGUGACCUCUUGCAUGAGUCGUCGCUGCGCUCUUGGGGUCAUUUUGGUUGGCCGGCCACUCCUGGGAAGGUUCACCACUGUUCCAUGUUUUCGUUAUUUGUGGAUAAUGGCUCUCACUGUGGUUCGCUGGAGUCCCAAAGCUUUAGAAAUGGUUUCAUAACCUUUUCCAGACUGAUAGAUCUCAAUUCUUCUCAGUUAUGUUAUGUUUUAACGAGGGGCGGUCACUUUUUCACUCAGGAACAUGUAGGUCUGGAUUUAUUUCCUCCCUUAAUAAUAAAAAGUUGUAUUUAAAAACUGCAUUUUCUGUUCAGUUGUGUUGUCAUUGACUAAUAUUUACAUUUGUUUGAUGAUCUGAACUAUUUAUGUGUGACAAACACAAAAAAAUCAGGAAGGGGGAAAACACGUUUUCACACCACUGUAUCUAUAUGUGUUGCUUUACAAAAUAUCAAAAUGGCCCUCGCAUCCAAAAAGUUUGGACAUUUAACGGUGUACAUUUUAGCAGUUUCAUUCAUUAUUCAUUGCAGAACAGCAUCGUGUGAUUGCGUGAAUCUAACCCCCUCAGCAUUGACGCCAUGGACUUGCAAUGCGACAUCAAGCCUGUUCCUCUUGAAAGGCUGCAUCAAAUGUAGUACUUUACCUGCCGACAUGCAUUCACGAGGUUGCAGCCACCCCCUCAUGCACAACUCCUUGUGCCCGAGUCCUUGCGUGUGUUCUCUCCAUCCAGCAAUUUGCACAGAAUGAAAGCGUAAAGAACCGGAGAGACGCCCUCCGGGACACGCACGGCUAUAUGUUUUCUUUUAUGUGUUUGCACAUGUUUCACCUGAAAUGAAUCCUCCAUCCUUUCAGGUGACUCAGAGGAAGGAGGAUGUGAGUAACAUCUCAAUCAAAUUAUUAAGCAGAGAGAGAAAAAAAUGCAAUAACCUGCCACAGCGCAGGGCCACUUAUGCCACUGAAAUGUGAGGAAAGCAACGUUUUCCUGUAUCAUAUUGCCAAUGGACUCGAGUGUUUUGAGUGGAAUGAUCUAAUCAGUGGUGUCCAAAGUGCGGCCCGGGGACCAUUUGUGGCUCGUGGCACAUUCUAAAAAUAUCAUUUAACAAGAAAACUAAAAAAGAAUGGAAAAAUCCGCAGUAGCUUUACAAGAUUAAAGUGAAAAUAUUAAGAUGAAAAAGUAAUCCAAGGAGAGAAAGUCUGAAUUUUACGAGAAUAACAUAAUAUUAUGACAAACAAACAAAUUUGUAAUUUUUGGGAAAAUUUGGUUGACGAAAAAGUUAUAAUGUUACGGGAACAUUGUCAAAAUAUUAUGGAAAUAAAGUCAUAAUACAAUUACAAGAAGAAAAGUUACAAAAAGAAAGUUAAAAUGGUUGUAAAAUUUAAAAAAAACAGCAGAAAUGGAAAAAAAAAAAAGCGCUAGUUUUACCAAAAUAAAGUCAAACUAUUAAGAAAAAAAGUUGCUGUUUUAGGAGAAUAAACUCGUAUGACAAAAAAUAAUGUCAUUUUAGUAGCACGAAGUUGAAAUAUCAAAGAAUUUUUUUUAAAAGUCAUAAUAUUAUGAUAAACAAACAAAACAAAAGUUGUAAUUUUUGCAAAAUUAGGUUGGGGGAAAAGUUCUAAUAAUACAGGAAUAAAGUCAUAAUAUUAUGAGAAUAAAGUCAAAAUAUUAUGAGAAGAACAUUUACAAGAAAAAAGCUGAAAUCUGGAAAAUGUAAAAAAAAAAUAAAAAUAAAAUAACAGCAGAAAUUGGUCAUAAACAGCUUUAAUUUUAAUGAGAAUAAAGUCAAAAUAUUAAAAGCAAAAAUGUGAUUUUAGCGAGAAAACAAGUUGCAGUUUUAGUAGAAUAAACUAAUAUUAUAAAGAAAAAUAAUGUCAUUUUAUUAUCAUAGAGUUAAAAUAUUAAAGAAAAAAAUAUUGUCUUUCAGGUCGUAAUAUUAUCAAAAAACAAAACAAAAUAAAGUUGUAAUUUUUGGAAAAUUAGGUUGGAGAAAACGUUGCAAUAUUAUGGGUAUAAAGUCAAAAUAUUAUGGGAACAAA